CCCUUUUCACAUCAAUUCGAGAUUCUCUCCACUUGUUCACGUCCCGAGUUCGAUCCGCCGUGUGCAUCAGCUUCACCAGUUAAAUAAACUCAACACACUUCAACUUCUCCCUCUUCAUUUUUUCCCCGUCUCUCUCUCUUCUCUUCUCUCUCAAAAUUCCUAAAAAAAUGUCCUCUCUUCAGCACGCAUCUGUAAUAAAGGGCGCGAAAGUUUUAAUGGUGGGAGCCGGUGGGAUUGGGUGUGAGCUUUUGAAGACGCUGGCUCUCUCUGGCUUUCAAGAUAUUCAUAUUAUUGACAUGGACACAAUAGAAGUCAGCAACCUUAACAGGCAGUUUUUGUUUCGGAAAUCACAUGUCGGCCAGUCGAAGGCCAAAGUUGCUCGGGAUGCUGUGUUAAGAUUUAAGCCUCACAUAAAAAUUACACCAUACCAUGCAAAUGUAAAGGAUUCUGAAUUCAAUGUGGAUUUUUUCAAGCAAUUUAGUGUUGUUCUGAAUGGUCUUGACAACUUAGACGCAAGACGACAUGUGAACCGCCUUUCCUUGGCAGCUGAAGUUCCUUUGGUUGAGAGUGGGACUACUGGAUUCCUUGGACAGGUCACAGUGCAUGUGAAGGGGAAAACAGAGUGCUAUGAAUGUCAGCCUAAACCUGCUCCAAAGUCCUAUCCUGUCUGUACGAUUACUAGUACUCCAUCCAAGUUUGUUCACUGUAUCGUUUGGGCAAAGGACCUGCUUUUUGCAAAGCUAUUUGGAGACAAGAAUCAGGAAAAUGAUUUAAAUGUGCGGUCUAGUGAAGCUUCUAACUCUUCAGAACAUUCAGAGGAUGUAUUUGAACGAAGAAAAAAUGAGGACAUUGAACAAUAUGGAAGGAGAAUUUAUGAUCACGUUUUUGGUUACAACAUUGAGGUAGCUUUGUCUAAUGAAGAGACUUGGAAAAAUCGCAAUAGGCCAAGGCCAAUAUACAGUAGGGAUGUUCUUUCUGACAAACCAAGCAAGCAAAAUGGCAAUCUUGAUAAAAGUUCCACUGAUGAUGACCUUUCAUCAGUGUCUGCCAUGGCAUCUUUGGGUUUGAAGAAUCCGCAGGACAUAUGGAGCCUUUCAGAAAAUUCUAAAGUUUUCUUUGAGGCGUUGAAAUUAUUUUUUGUCAGCAGAGAAAAGGACAUUGGAAACCUGAGUUUUGAUAAAGAUGAUCAGUUAGCAGUAGAACUUGUUACAGCUGCUGCAAAUAUUCGAGCUGCUUCGUUUGGGAUUCCUUUGCAUAGCCUUUUUGAAGCUAAGGGUAUUGCUGGAAAUAUUGUGCAUGCUGUUGCGACAACUAAUGCUGUUAUAGCUGGUUUAAUUGUUAUUGAAGCAAUCAAGGUGUUGGACAAGGAUUCUGACAAUUUCAGGAUGACGUAUUGUGUAGAACAUAUAACUAAAAAGAUGUUUCUUCUGCCCGUGGAACCUUGUGCGCCUAACAAGUCAUGCUAUGUUUGUUCUGAGUCACCACUAUCGCUGGAGAUAAAUACACGGCGGUCAAAGCUGCGGGAUUUUGUUGAGAAGAUAGUCAAAGCCAAGCUUGGCAUGAAUUUUCCAAUAAUUAUGCACGGUUCAGCUCUUCUAUAUGAAGUUGGUGAUGAUCUUGACGAAGCUAUGGUGGCAAAUUAUGCUGCUAACCUUGAAAAGGUACUGUCAGAGCUUCCUUCUUCAGUUACUGGUGGGUCAACACUGACAGUAGAAGAUCUUCAACAAGAGUUCACUUGCAGUAUUUAUAUCAAGCAUAGAGACGAAUUUGACGAGGAGAAAGAACCCGAGGGAAUGGUUCUCUCUGGAUGGACACAAGUUCCUUCCGAGGAUAAGAACGGUAACAUCUCUGUCGGAAACGGCGGGAGCACAUCAAGUUCUGGUCCAACGGUGGAUGACCAGUCGGAUAGAAUCUCAGAAGGGACCGAAAUUUCUGGGAAGAAGAGAAAACAGCCAGACCUAUCAACAGACGCCACUCUGGAUACGACUACUGAUCACAAUAAAGUCCAAAAGCUCGACGACGACGACGAUGACCUUGUGAUGCUCGAUUAAAUAGGGUACAGUUAGCAGCAAGAAGAGGCUACAAUAGGUUUUACUUUUUAACUUUGUUAGGGCUUCUUACAUCCUAAUUUUGUAUCAUUAGGGAGAAAAUGGUGAUUCUUUGGUGGUCAUACAUGUUACUAGGUUGCAGCUUAUUUAGUGUUUUGAUGGAGUAAAUACUAGUUUUUGCA